AUGGCGGAAAUCGAGACCCGUGGGCCGCAACUUGUGGCCGUUGGCAUAACACUUGUCACGACCGCCGUCAUAGCCACCGUCCUCCGAUGCUACGUUCGACUCUUCCUCGUCAAGAACUUCGGAGUCGACGAUUGGUGUAUGCUUGGCGCUAUUACAGGUUUUAUUCUAUUCGUUUCAUGUGCGUUGACGGGCGUACACUAUGGGACCGGUCGUCAUCGAAAGGACCUCGGCGAUGAGGAUUGGGAGUCCGCUAUGAUGUAUUGGUGGUACUGCUACCUUUGGUACUGUCUAGCAAUGAUCGCCUCGAAAAUUUCCAUCGGGUACUUCCUCCUGCGAAUCACGGUCCGAAAGGUUGAUGUCUGGAUCAUCUACAUCGUCAUGAUGCUGACGGUCUGUACCGGCGUCGUGUUCUUCUUCGUCACUCUCCUUCAAUGCCAACCAAUCUCCUAUUUCUGGAACAAGAGGACGCAGGACGGCCAUUGCGUUCCGAUGGACGUAAUCAUCGCUCUCACCUACCUUUACAGUGCCUUCAGCGUCAUCUGCGACUUCACGUUUGCCAUUCUGCCCAUUGUCCUUAUCUGGAACUUGAAGAUGGACAAGAAGACAAAGCUGGCGCUUGUGCCAAUCAUGGCCAUGGCCUGCAUGUCAGUUUGGCUUUUCUGUCUUUUGGUACUUGGGCAACAGGUUGACUCUUUCUACAGUGCCAGCGCUGCUGUCGUCGUUCGCAUGCCGUUCGUCAAGGACUUCAAGAACCCUGACUUUCUCUAUGCAACCGUAGACAUCGCAAUCUGGUCCACCACCGAACAGGGUCUAGCGAUCACCGCAGGCAGCCUUGCAACCCUCCGCCCACUAUUCCGGCUUGUAGGAUACCGACUUGGCUUCACCUCCAUGGGUGCCUCCCAGCUCCACGACUCAGAACGUGGUGCCCCCUCCGCCAUGGGCGGCAAGAUAAAGAACGCCAGCAAUGGCAGCUCAGGCCACCAACGACGUGGGCCAUUCAGCCUCACCACCUUCAUGGCCAAAGACGACGUCGACAGCCACGAGAUGGGUAGCAAUGAGUCAGGCCAGAGUCAACAACAGAGGUCGACAAGUAAGCGCGCUCGCGGUUGGGAAUCGACAGGGAGGCCGGACAACGAAAGCGAAACUGAGCUCACAUUUGAAGCUUCCAAAGACUCAGGAGGGAGCGACCGCGACAACAUUGUCGUCGUCCAGACGUUUUCCUUACGGGAAGACCGCGUGUAA